UCACCACGAAUCACACAUUCCUUUAGCGCCAGACACAGUAGAUGUGGAAAAACCAAAACGAGCUCCAUUCCCUAACAAGAAACUCUUAGCAUGUCAACUACUGGCAUGUACCUUCGGCAACAGUAUGUGCCAAUAUAGGAAUUACGAGAACAUAAGCAUGAGUUUGGCUGAGUGGAAACUGGGAAAUCACAGAGUUGGAAAUAUUCAUACGGGUAUCAAGAUUGACGAUGAUGACAGUGCUGGAGGAUUUUUGUUCGUUGGAACAGACAGUUCAACACUUGGUCUGACGACCUACAUCUUGGAAUCGCCGAAAUUCGUAUUGACUGACGAUGUAAAGCUACUAUUUGAUGUGUACCGAAGAUCAAAAGACAUCACCUUACAGCUUUGCCUGAACUCACCUUUUUACUGCCCAUUCUCAAUCUCACCUUUCGACAAACAUGUUCAUUGGAAGCAAGGAGAAUCUUUCGUAAUUCCAAAGGCCACCACAAAGGUAUGCUGCGUUGGACUUUUAGAAAACAACAUUUUUUUCAAAGCGAUACAAUGGAGAAAGUUCAAAUGGCUAGCAAUAGAUAACAUACGUCUUAUUGGCUGUUAA